GGAAUAUUAUCAAAAAUUGGAGAUAAGUGUCAGUGCUAAUAUCGUGAAUAUUAUUUAGAAAAUUAUCAUCGAACAGUGUCGAAAUUAAUGUCAAGACUAUAAAAAAAUAGACGUCAAGUAUUUCGGUAACAAUUUCGUAAAUAUUGUUGAGAAAGAAAAGUGUCAAACUCCUCACAAGUGACAAGUAUAUAUUAUUCACUAACCUAACCUCAAAAAUUGACAGUUGAAGCCAAACUGUCAUGAAAUAAAUAAAGUUAAUAAUUGUUUAGCGAUAAUUUAGUGAUAUUGAUUCCAAUCUAAAUAGAAUUCGAAUAUAACAAUUGUCAACGACUAGAAUUUUCUAAUAAAACAGCUCCGAAAAUUAGUUUUUUUUUUAGUUGUCAAUAUUUUACUUUUUGGAGCAACAAAAUAAUUACUACGAUUCAAUAAUAUCUAAUUAAUACGAUUAUUACCAAAACAAAGUGAAUAAUAAUAUUGAGUACACGAUAAUAUGUGUAUAAAAAUAUUGAUAAUGAUAACAAAAAUCUCUGUAUAAUCAGCUGACAAACAUCAUAGAGGUAAAGUUCUCGGUAAUAUAUACAGAAAACCCGAGUUGAAAUUUCUCAAACGAAGGGAAUUUUCUCUUGCUCGCGACUUUGGUUUUCAACUAUUCGAGCACCGUCUGCUGUGGUGGUGAGGCAAUUGACAGACUGAGGAAAUGGGAUUAGGUAAAAAUCGCGUCGUCCAAGUGUAAUUGGGGCGUGUACUUACCCAACAACAAUUAUCAAGUUUCGUAUUAAUUCGCCAAGUGACUCGAAACAAAAGUGAUGAGAAUUGCAAUGUGAUUCGUGAUGUCCGGAUAAAGUGCGUGCCGGCCCUUGACUGUGUUUCAGAAGUUAAGGCGGCCAUUUUUACCUCCGCGAUGCGGCAACGAUCCGCCAUUCCAAAGUCUACGGUGCCCUCGGGUGCAUCUGGCUCCGGAUCGACCUGGGUGCAUCCUUACAUCGACCGCGACGCGAGGAGGUCGGUCGAGGUCGCACCAAGAUGAAGCCUCGUGAAUCUCAUUGACGAGUACGUGCGUGCGUUUUUUUUUUUUACGUGCGUACGUGCCGCGGAGUGCAGUGUGUGAUUAUCAUAAUAUCAUCAAAAUAGUCACUCCCAUUUUUUUGGGAUAAAAAAUAGAAGAAGUCUCAGUGCGUGAUAAAGAAAAAAAGGGAAAAAUAUUAAAAUUGUGUGGUGCGGGAAAAUCUUUGCCUGUGGACACGACCAGUGCGAUUGGAUCGAUGUGUUCGCGAAUAGUGCAUUCUUCCCAAAGGUGCUGAUUUGUUAUCGUCAAAAAGGAUCAUACGGGGGAGAGAGUAGUUUUUUUUUUAUUUCCAUUGUCCUUUGAGAUUCUGUUUUUUUUUUUUUUUGCUAAAAAUCAGAGAGGAUGGAGAUCGACACGAAGCAGAGAAAUCAAAGAAAUCGGCGACGCGAGCGAGCUCAGCGUAUGCUCGCGCAAAGGGAAAGCCUGGCAAACGCGAAGCAACAGCAACAACAGCAGCAGCAGCAGCAGAGGCAACGACCCGACGAGGAGGACAGCCACAGUGGCGAGGACGAGGACCCCGGUGGCCUCGGUUUAGGACUCUCCAAGGGAAGUCAUCCGAGGGAUAACCAUCCGAGACCUCCCAGGCCACCGCGGCCACCGAGGCCACGCAAAAAGUCCUCCCUCCAAGGUGCCUCACAGAAGGAGCCUCCAUUUGAAGAGGACAUUAUCGACGGUUUUGCCAUCCUCGCCUUCCGCACCUACGAGGAACUCGAGAGUGCAAUAAAACUAGCUGGUAAAAAUAAUGUCAAGAAACUUCAUUCACUAUUGUCGAUAGUUGAUGAAAAACCAAAGGUGGAUAUCGGACAAAAUAACCGGCACAACGAGCAUCACAUCAAGAAUCAUUAUAAGCACAAUCAUUAUUCACACAAUUCCAUACUGCCACCCUCAACGCUCAACCAGGGCCUAGAUGCAGGCACAAGUGACGAUAGCGGAAGAGCGUCUGAACAGUUGCAUGGCCCUGGUGCAACUAGAGAUUGUCAAGACGCAGACAGUUCCAGGGACCAUCUCAGCGAUGCAAGUAGUCAUUGCAGUUCGGGUAAAGGCUAUAUCUGUGAUAGCGAAGGAGAAGACGACAAGGGCUCUGAUGGUGAAUCGGUACUCUUUGAAUCUGCUACUCCACCGCCUCUUGCACGAAAAUACGAGUUGCCAUCUUCCUCGCCACACGUGCUGCCGCCAGCCAAUGGAGCAGGAGGAUCUCCUCCGGACACUGGCGGACAAAUUUCUAAUCCUGCGACUGAUGCUCCGGCUCCAAUUCCUCCUCCUGUGCCUGCUUCUGCACCAGUUCCAACAGCACCAAGUCCUCCGAGUCCGACAUUGCCCCCUCACAUAUCCCAACCACCUAUUACUAGUCCGCUGGCAGCGAAUCCUCGUGCAAUAGCUCCACAACAACCGCCAGCUUCGCCCGCUCUACCGCCUCCAUCACUGCCUCAACAACCUCACACUACGAUACCUGCUCUACAUACGCCUAAUGUACCACACGUCUCAUCGAGCCACACAACUAGUCCCGCUGUCGCAAGUUUGGGUGUUACUCCAGCAGCCCCGUCCAACGGAGCGGCAACCACGAGUUAUCCACCACCAUUGCCAAUGGCUGCUUAUCCACAAACACAGCCUUCUUAUCCACCUCUCUACACUCCCUACACUGCCCUCAAUCACAGUCCCUAUCUUCCACCCGCUGUACCAUCGCCCUCACACUCGACAUCGUCUCGCACCGACGUGAGAGGCAGCAGAGCAUCGCCGUGCACGAAUUUAACAAAACAAACAAUAACAAAUAAUGUGCCGAAUCAUAAUAACAAUAUUACCAAUAAUACUCCACUUAGUGCUGCCACAACCACGUGUGUUUCCACGAUAACAAAUACAGUUACCACCGCAAAUACCAUUGCACAUCGGGACAUCGUGGCCUGUAGUUUAGCCGGAAGAAAUACCAACAACUCACCACGCGGACACAGCCCGAAUCGUGAACGAGAUAGUUACAGCAGCAACGUGAGCAGCUUAAGUCGCGGGAGCAUAACGCCUGUCAGUGUGCCAAACACGUCCUCCCCAGCCAAUUCUAGUCUACCUGCUUACUCAAAGGCUCAAGGGUGGAUCAGCAGCAGCUCGGCACCACAAUUAUCACCAGCAAUAAACACAUCAGUUCCAAGGCCAACUCCACCGCCGGUUCCUGUUGGUUUACACACAUUUCCACCGCCGAUGUUUGCAGCACCACUUCCACCGCCAGUUUCGAAUGCGAGUCCUCAUACUUCAAUGCCCUCGCUUCCUCCACCUCCAGCAAAUCCAAAUCCAUUCUCAGCUGAGUCUCUCUUCCAAACAAGGGUGAAUCAUGUUGCAGGUCAGGCAGACCUGUUGAGAAGAGAUCUCGAGAAUAGAUUUCUGGCUCCUCAAAAUCGUAAUAUUGGAGUGGAUGUUGGAAAUCUUGGACCACCGCUCUAUAUACGAACGGAAAUGCAUCAUCAUCAACAUGAACACACUCAUGUUCAUCAACAUUCGUCGUCAUUAAUGCCCCAAUCUGCACCUACAAGUCUUUAUCCUCCUUCGAUUGACAUUCCAAAGUUAGGAGCAGUUGAUUCACAAUUUUUUCGCGGGAGUCUCAAUCUCUCAGGAAUCUCCGGAUUCAAUGCCGGUCUUCUUCAUCCUGGUGGAGCUCCUCCUGGACCAUUUGUCGCCCAUAAUCAUCUCUCGUCAUUUCCUCCAAAGAUGCCAAAUCCAAAUGUACGAAACAAUCAAGAGUUUCGAGUGAAAGAAUUCUCGAACGUUGAAUUCGCAUUGCAGAAGACUGGAAAGUGGAAUGCGAUGCACGCCCGAAUAGCGUGGGAGAUCUAUCAUCAUCAACAAAAACAACGGGCCGAGGCAAAGGCCAAUAGUGUUGUCAGUACGAAAACUGAAUUACUCCGACCACCAGGUCAUCUUUUCGCUGGAGGUCCCACAGGUGGUCUCGGUCUAAAUCCACCGAUGUCACUUCCAAGUAACAUGCCACAGACUCAUCCGGCACCACCACAACCACAUCCUGUCGCCUUCUUGUCCUCUUCGUCUUCACAUUUAGGAAGCGGAAUGUCUCCAUUCGGCAGAUACCCAUCGACAUUUGGCACGACGAAUCCCAAUUUUCCAGGAUUCUCCGGCUUCCCCUCGUCGAGAGAAAUGCCCCCCUUGGGUGGACUCGGAUCAGUUCAUGAUCCAUGGAGAGGAUUACAACGAGCGCCAUCAGGUUUUCCUCCGACGACCGUCUCCUGGGCGAUAAAACCAGAGAUGCCGACUAUCGACAGAAGGGCCGAGUUUGAAGAGCGUGAGCGAGAGAGGGAACGUGAGAGGGAGCGCGAACGUGAGCGGGAACGUGAACGCGAGCGCGAGAGAGUUAGACGCGAGAGGGAGAGAGAGGAGCAGAGGGAGAAGGAGAGACGGGAACGGGAGAAAGAGGAAAAAAGAAAACAGGAAGCGGCCGAGAGGGAACGCGAGAGACGAGAGAAGGAGAGACGCGAAAUGGAGAGAAGGGAAAUGGAGCGCGAGAGAUUGAUGAUGAAAAAUCGUCAGCACAUGGUUGUUGGUCGUGAGAGAUCGCCAAUUAGAAAUGGUGGCACGUCAAUUGACACGGGAGAAAUUCGAGUCAAGGAAGAGCCAAGGAGCAAGGAGGAUGAGGUCGUUAUGCUACCGAGGCCGCCUCCCGUUGGACCCGGACCUGGUUCUGGUCCCGGUCCUGGACCAAAUCAGCUUCCCGAUCCUAGAUAUCAUCAUUCUCAUCCGCACCCUUAUCUCGCGAGGCAUCCGCACAGUGUUCCAGCGCCGCACACAAUGUCGCGAAGCAUGUUACAAUCACUUGGCGGUCAUCCAAUGCAACCGUUCCCGCCACCAUCAGGUCCAGCCUCUCAACCAGGUGGACCGUGGCCAGGUGAUCCGUUCCGCGAUCCCUAUAGAUACGAUCCUCUGCAGCAGCUUCGCUACAAUCCAAUGAUGGCGGCAUUCCGCGCCGAAGAGGAGGAACGAGCGAAAUUGUACGCGGCCUAUCCGCCGCCACCGGUGAACGCAAUGCGUGUCAAGGAUCCAAAUCCCGGACCAUUGAGCAAUCUUCAUAUGCAUCAUAGAGCUGGACCCGGACCCGGAGUCCCCGGCGUUCUUGGCAGACAACUCGAACCCUCGCUUAUGCAUCCAGCGGAUAUUCACAAGAAGGAGGACAAUUCCCAGUCUCGAUGAUACAUCGUCCCCGUAACUUUCCCGUCGUCUUAAGAGCGCGAUUCUUCUCACGUUGUUAAGACACUUGAACGAUUAUCGAAAAUAAUUUUUCCAACAAAAUUUUAUAGUGGAUUUUUAAGUGGAAAUUUCUUUUUCUCUAUUCAUGAAUUUAUUUUAUAGUUUAAAAAGAAGAUUUACGACCAGAAAAGUAUUUAAUUACUUUCACGAUAUUUUCUAGUCAAUUUUUCACUCAAAUGCAGGGUGUCUACUAACCGGGAAAUAACCGGAAAUUAGCCAGGAAUUUUUUGCCAAACCAGGAAUUUUUUCAACCAAAUUAAAAAAAGUUUUAUUAACUUAAUUUGUUUUUAAAAAAUCGCUUUUUAUUUCAAUUUUUAUAGAUAU